AUGACUUCCCUACCUAUCGUGUCUAUAACGAGAAGAGAAACUUUCAGUUCUUGCCAUCGAUUACACAGCCCUUUUUUAGGUGAUGAAGAGAACAAAAAAUUAUAUGGAAAAUGUAACAAUCCUAAUGGACAUGGUCAUAAUUAUGUUGUACUUGUAACAGUAAAGGGUCCAGUAGACCCACAAACAGGAAUGGUUAUGAAUGUACAUGAUCUGAAACAAUACAUGAAAGAUGCAAUAAUGGAUCCACUUGAUCAUAAAAAUCUGGAUCAAGAUGUGCCAUACUUUAAAGCUGUUGUGAGUACUACUGAGAACUUGGCAAUUUUUAUUUGGGAUCAACUGCAAAAGUUAAUGCCAAAGCCACAAUUGCUACAUGAAGUAAAAAUUUUGGAGACUGAAAAAAACCAUGUUGUGUAUCGUGGAGGCACUACAUUUCCCCGCAAAAAAGUGGAUUCUUCUCACUUACAUCCAGGAAACCACAAUCAUGUGUCUUCUGAUUCGGACUAG